AUGCUCUCGGAGAUGCAUCUGACCGCGGAGAUUAACCGUCUGAUCAUUCGAACGCGCGAGCCGAGUCCUCUUUCGUCGCCGUUAGGACCCCUCUCUGAGUCGCCCGAAUCCGAGGGCGGACUGGACACACUUUCUUUACAGACAGAUUACCUCAGAAGCUCGGUGGACAGUGUUUCUUCGGGAUAUGACCCUCUUUCCAGGUUAGCGAAGAUAUUCCUGUCUACUUUUGAACACGAUAUUGACACAUUCUGUAUUUUCCACAGAUCUCCGUUAUUCGAGAACGACCAUGGACUUGGUCCAUCUGGACUGGAUCGUAUACGCCAAAACCAACCCUCGCGAGUACUGACCCUUCCAAACAUGUCUUCCUCGUCACUAUCCCUAGCUUCCAUACCUGGACAGCGCCCCGCUCCCUCUCCCCGUUCCCGCUCGUCAUCCCGAGCUCACACCGGUAACUUGGCCAGCCGAAGUUUCACGGAUCUAGAAGACCUACACCGCUUUCCACUGGAGUCCCUACAUUCAUUUUCCUUUGCCCAACAGUCCGAGGAAUUCCUACACAGCCGUCAAAACAUUCUCAAGAGGUCUAUUGAUUUCAUGCGCGACCGGAUGGGAUGGGCCGCAACCAAUGCCGGGAUCGCCAAUGCACAAGCAAACGUCAGUGGGGACACGGAAGUGCAAGGUAUGAUGGAACUUUUGGCCCGAGCAAACAUUCUCGAACCCCAGGAAAGCCAAAUCCAAGGUCGCGGACCCAUCACAGGACCCGCGGAUAUUAAUGGCGAGAAUAUCUUUGAGAAGGCCUUCUCUGAUGGUGGUUCCUCUCCAGUCAGCACCCGCGACGGAGCCCAUGAUUCCACCUCCUUAGGGUCACAUCCCUCUGACAGCUCCCAAUUCUUGAGCCCGGUGUCUAACGAUCGUACCUCCAACCAAAGGAGGAACCUGGUCUCUGCACCUACUUCCAGGCGCGUAAGCUUAAAACGUACAUACACGGAUCUAUGCUCUGUCUCUAUUAGGAGCAAGCUGAUGGAAACUCUAGCACAACCAUACACCUCUUCCACGGACCCUUUCGCAUCGCUUGGCUCCUCGACUUCUGGAUUAGGAUUCCAGAUUCCCGCCCUCCACGCCCAUAGCAGCAAAUGGACUCCAGCUUCCCAGGCCGUGUUCAGGACCGAGGCUCAGGCACCAUGGACCAUUCUGGCCGCUAAUGACCUGUCGUGUCUCAUCUUUGGUGUUCUUCAGUCCGAAGUUCGCCGUCUUAGCAUCCUAGAAGUUGUGCAGAAGGAGCACCGGGAAUGGCUCGAGGUCAAACUUCGAGAUCCCAGCACUGACGCCGCUGCCCGCAUGCCACUUCAGCCCGAAAGAGCUAACAUAUCCGCCGUCAAUCCCAAGUUCCGAGGGCUUGGGAAUGGGGUGACAGCACAACUUCUCAACAAACCAUCUUCAAGAGAAAAGUCCCGCAGAGCGCAGACUGAUGACGGAUAUGGCUCCAGCACGAGAAACGCCCGGAACAACAACCACCAGGCCAACAAGUCACGCGGAGUCUUAUUGUGCGGUGAUGUGGUUCCAAUUCAAAAGCGCAACGGAUCACGGGGAUCCGCUAGCGUCUGGGUUAUGGAAAAACGUGGUGGCCUGAUCUGGGUCAUGGAAGAGAUCACGGAAAAUAUUUCCUCCAUCCAGUGCGACGAUUCAUGGAAUGUCGUAAGUGCCAAAGGUGAUGUUGAAAAGAUCUGGGGCCCAUCUGUCGUCCAGAAAGGCCAGUCGAUCACCGACCUUUUACCCUGUUUGCCAACGGAAUCUCUUGAGACAUCCCCCCAGAAGGGAUUGGCUAAAAUUGUGGAGCUCAGGCACUUUGCCGCCCGCACUGCGGCUGGCGUUUGUAUCCCUGUCGCUAUCGGCAAGGGGGAGGGAGACCGCACCCUCCAAGUCUCCAGCUUUCCUCAUGUCGCAGGCAUGAUGGUGCUGUCGUCUUCGACAUUGAACGUGAUCAGCUCCAACUCUGUUUUCUCCUCGGUCCUAUUUGGUCAAGAAAGACCAGAAGGCCUCCACAUCACUGACCUUGUACCCGAUUUCGAUGAGAUUCUAGACGUUUUGACCGAGGAGGACAAUGUACCACUGGUUGAUGGUAUUGUCAUACCCGAACACAGCUUCCGACGGGCACGGACACUUUCUAUUCUCCGCGAUGGAAAAGCAAAUGCCGCCUCUGUGUUUACAGAGCCAAGUGGCUUGUUGGCCAAGCAUCGGGAUGGCUCAACCAUUGUCGUGGACAUUCAAUUGCGCGUGGUCAAGAGCGGCACCUUCUUCACAAAGGACAAGAAAGAUAAAAGCAGCGAUCGCAGCAGCGACUCUGAUGACAGUGAUGAUACCAUUGCAGUCACAGAGUUAGUCUAUGCUUUGUGGAUAACCUACUCACGACAGCUUCACGCUACUGGACCCGCUGCCGGUCUCUCGCCGUCAUCUGUACCAACUUCCAAGCCCACCUCACCCACCAAUGACCGUGACUCAGAUCGCCCGUCAGACACCGGCGUUGAUAACCAGACUGCGGAAAAUCGCAAGACUUCCGUGGAGAUCCAAGCUCCGACCUCAACACUCAGUCAACAACUAAGUGAGGCUGCGUCUGAACCUCUUACCACCCGUCCCGCACAACCCGUUCCUCCGGUUUCGGCUGCCAAUGCGAAGAACGAGCCUCCGGCGAAACGAACGAUCGAGGACUACGUGAUUCUUGAGGAGAUGGGACAAGGAGCCUACGGCCAAGUCAAACUGGCACGUUUAAAGAAGCAACCUAACAAAAAGAUGGUGUUGAAAUUUGUCACUAAGAAGCGGAUCCUGGUGGAUACGUGGACUCGUGAUCGGCGCCUCGGGACUGUGCCGCUGGAGAUCCAUGUUCUGGACUUCCUGCGGCGGGAUGGGCUCAAGCACCCUAACAUUGUGGAAAUGGAAGGCUUCUUCGAAGAUGAUAUCAACUAUUACAUUGAAAUGACCCCUCACGGGCUCCCAGGAAUGGACCUGUUCGAUUAUAUCGAGCUGAAGGCCAACAUGGAUGAGUCGGAGUGCCGCAAUAUCUUCAAACAGGUUGCUAGUGCUAUUAAUCAUUUACACACUAAAGCACUGGUGGUACAUCGUGAUAUCAAGGAUGAGAAUGUGGUUCUUGAUGGAGAGGGACGGAUCAAGUUGAUUGACUUUGGGAGUGCGGCCUACAUCAAAAACGGGCCGUUUGAUGUCUUUGUGGGAACAAUUGAUUAUGCGGCGCCCGAGGUCUUACAGGGUAGGUCGUAUCGAGGCAAGGAACAGGACAUCUGGGCUCUGGGCAUUCUCCUCUAUACGAUUGUCUACAAAGAGAACCCGUUCUACAACGUCGAUGAGAUCCUUGACCACCCUCUCCGAAUUCCUUUCCUACCUUUCUCCGAAGAUUGCAUUGACCUCAUCCGCACAAUGCUCGAUCGCGACGUUGACAACCGACUCACGAUUACCGAAGUGCUUGAACAUCCUUGGAUGGUGGGGACCUGA